GGGUUUGCUCAUUAUCCUUUGUUCUUUGUUUUCCCUGGACUUCUACGGGAAGUUGUUGACGUUUUUUAAAAAUAAAUUUCCCCCUCUUUUUGUUUCUUUCUCUCGUAUUCUCAUUUUGUUGUAAAUUAAGCAGCGAGGCGCGCAGCUGCCAGGACCUAGCCGUUCAGCCGACUGCUGGAGGAGAUAUGGAGCCGCUGAAAAUCGAGUGGAUCGGUUCUCCCUGCGGCUCCCACGGACCCUAUACUUUCUACAGGGCUUUCAGCUUGCCGGAGCCCGGCUCCUCCGGCCAGGGGAAGGCGCCGAGGACGCUGACGGCCAGGCUCGGCCAAUUCCUCUUUGUCAGAUGCCAGCCCCAUGAGCCCGAGUGCAUCGCCGAGCUGCAGCUCCUGUGGGAGGACCGCAGCCGCCAGCAACUGCUGGCGAGCACCAGGCUCUACUUCAGCCCGGAGGAUACCCCGCAAGGACGCAACCUGCACCACGGUCAGGAUGAGGUAAUUGCAGUUUCCAGAAAAGUAAUUAUCCGGCUGCAAGAUCUGGCGAAAUGGGUCUGUACCAAGACUUCACAAUGGGCUACAAAUGCACAGGAAUCCAAACCUGACACUAUGAACUUGGACAACAGUGAAUACAACGAGGAUUCUGAACUGCACGUCAGCCCACCUUCAGACUGCCACCUCACCUCAAAUGUGGGAAAUGAAUGUGAACAUUCAGGGUAUAAAGAUGAUCUACCACAAGUUAAAAUACUGAGCUACCCCCAGUAUUGUCGUUAUCGGGCCAUUCGAAAGAGAAUUCAGAAAGCAUCAGCCAGGUGUGCCGAUGAAGCACAACUGCUGGCCCUCGGAGGGAUCCUUUUGAUGAAUCAGAAUACCAAGAUUCUUUAUUGUCGAGAAACAUUUGAACACCCGACACUGGGAAAUAACAAGUCUAUUUGUGAUGAGUUUGCACCUCGUGUUUUGACACGUACUUCAGCCGGGAGGGUGGUGCGCACGAGACUGCAAAUUACUGCACGGCCACAGUCACUCACGUUACUGCAUUACCAGCUGACAGGAGCAACCGACCUCAAAGGGCGAAGUCGAAAGAAGAAACCCAGGAUUACAAAGGGCGACGAGAGCCCCUCGCGAGAAAGCCGACAGCCCAGCCAGUCGGAUGCCAAGGAAGAAAAGGAUAAAGUUGAAUCAGAAAAUAUGGCAGCUGGAAAUGGACAAGCGUAUCAGCCUGACAAUCCAAGUGAGCUGCUUUCUGCAGAGCAACACUUCCUAAAGGCUUUGCACAGCUUCAUGUGUGAUCGCAAUACUCCCAUUGCCAGAAUACCGCACCUGGGCUUCAAGAAAAUUGAUCUGUUUGUAAUGUUCACUGUAACACAGCGCCUGGGAGGAUAUGAUGCGGUAACAGCUCGCAGGUUGUGGAAACACAUUUAUGAUGAGCUGGGUGGUAACCCAGGGAGCACUAGUGCUGCCACUUGUACCAGGAGACACUACGAGAGGCUCAUCCUUCCGUACGAACGCUACCUCAAAGGGGAGGAGCACAAACCACUGCCACCAGCCAAGCCACGCAAGCACACGACGAGCACGUCUGAGGACUCUGAGAAAGAUGUUAAAACUAAAAAUGGGGAGCUGGACAUGAAAGUGAAGAAAGGUCAAGAUGUGACUCAGAUAUUAGAGAAGGAGGAUAAGCAACCACGAGGUGAGAAAUGCCAAGAGAACAGACAAAGGACUAUCACCGCUCAACACUUAAAUACUCAGGACAACUCCCAAGACAAACAAGUGCAAACACUAAAAUGUAAAAGCAAAGACAAUGUUGCGUCGAAUGUAGAGGAACGUUCUGGAAGCAAGGCUUGCCCUCCCACAGGACAGAACACAAGUGAGAAACUGGAGGCUAAAACAUUUCGAACACACGAACACAAAAUAAGAAACCAGGAAAAUCGAGAGUGUCCAAAUGUGGGGAAAAAACAGAAGUCACCCCUUCACCCUCAGGACUUGUCUGGUGGCCCCAGUGUUAAACAGAAUCUGUACGUGGGCACAGAGGGCAGUAAGCCCAUCUUUCAGUCUGCAAUGUUCCAGCAUCUUCACUCUGGAAUAUUGAACUUCCAGUUGCCUGAAGGCAUUUCGCCUCUUGAUGUUCUCAAGAGCCGGCUUGGUUUGGCCACAUCCAAGGAUCUAUCCAAACCUACUUUGCACAGGCACCUCAAGGUAGAACAGCCCCAGGGCAUUCCAUCAAAUGGUCAAAAGAUCAAAGUCUGCACCACAUCUCUACGCGAGCCUGGAGUGCAUCAUGUGGCAGGGCUUGUGCAAAAAGAAUCUAAAGGUGUCCCUCAGCCAGCAAAGAGGCUUGGUUUCGAACAACUGAAUGGAAUACGACCAGUGAAGGGAAAUUCAUCUACGCCACCCUCAAGUACAGUCAAACAUCUUGCAGGUUCCAAAGCAGAGCAUGAACUGAACUUGAGACCAUUGGGUCUACGUGUAGGUAAUGGCAGUGGAGCUUCGCUGGGUCACCCGAUGAAGUUGGCUUUGGUAGAAGAAGGUUUGAAUUUGAGCAAAUCCAAGGACUGCAGCUAUAUAUAUGAUCCUAAUGGGCAACUGUAUGAGAUUUUACCUCAGAAUUUGUCUAACAAACAGUUACCAUCAAAAUGUGAGCCUUCUGUACAGUACAGGGAGCAGUCCUCUCCACUGAAUCUCAGCAAGUCAAAUAGGGGUUCAUCAGGAAAGAGAAUUGCUGAAUUCAUGGAUGCAACAGUCUGUGUAUCACAGAAGGAUGCUUCUGUUUAUCCAAUUCCUCAGUCUCUGCAAAAUCUUUGUGAGAACAGGGAAAGCCAUAAGAAAAACGAGCAACCAGUCAAGAAGCUGCGACUAGAUGCCAGUUGCACAGAGGUGAUUGAACAGGGAAGAGACUCUACUCACUCAGAUCAUAGCUCUGGUGUAGAGUCACUUAGUUCAUCGCCCGUGAGCCUAGGUUCUGGAGUUAUGUCCGAUGAUAUGCCCACAGAUUUAAGUCUACCAAAAUACCCGAAGACCCAGAAGCCAGAUCAUUCUGCAGUCAAUAACGAGAGCCCUCAGGACAAAAGAGCUGGUUUUGUCUCUGAGGCAGGAGGGAAACACUUGACAGAUCUACCUAAAUUGCCUUCAUUUCCUGCUGUAUCGGAAGCGACCACUACCCUGGAUGGUGUUUGGAGAGCUCCGGCAAAGAGUGAUCUCCAUGUGCCUUCUGGAACAUCCCUAAAUUUGGACCAAGCAAAGAGCUGUCAAGAUGAAUGUCCAAACAACACUGAAAGGAGACUGUUCCCUUUCAGCAGCAUGAUACCAGCUGAGCAAAGCUUUUCUCCAGCCCACCUGGAAGAGCCAAGGAAAGAGGACGAAGAGCCACCGAGAAAGAAGCCACUGAUGUCCAGCUUGGCCAAAGUCAGCCAAGAUAAAAAGCCUCUGAAGUGCCAAGGAUCGGAUCUGUCCAGUCAUCAGGAUUUGUCCUCGAGUGGUGACGAGGAUAACAAGAAAGGGGCACUCCCGGGCUCCUAUCUGAAUGGAACUUCUUGCCCAGACCUUCAGAACGUGGCGGAAAAAUUUGGAGCCCAUUUUCAGUUGGUUGAUUUGAAUAAAAACGCUGAAGAGGAUGGAAAGUCUGAUUCGGUUGUGGUGCCAGUAUUAUCCUCGGGCCUUCCUGUUUCACGCGUCAUGGUUCCAGGCUCUGUGCAGCAUCGACAACUGCUGUCUUCCCACUCACAGCAAAUGUACAGCCACCUGCUGCGAACCUCAGUGCUGCCUUACGAUGAGGUGGUAAUGCGCAGACUGUCUUCCAGCCCGUCAGCUCUCUCUCCUUCUCACCUGUCUACUGUUUACCCCGAGAAGCGAAUGUGAUCGGCUUGGUCCAACGUCUGUCUGUCAUAUAGCUCUCAAAUGCUGUCUUCAGUAUACAGGACUGCACCUGCAUUUGGUAUGCUUGCCUUUUGUUUGGUGAAACAAUGUACUGUUAUUUCCUUUCCUACCUCUCCAAAUUACUUUAAACAACAAAUCUUCUGUCUGAGAGGGAGGACAUUAAGCAACCUUCAGCCUUGCGUCCUGGCCACUCUGAACUAACAGCAAGUGGCUACGUGAAAUGAUCUGUUGACAUUCUGAUUUAAUCUUCUGCCCUCUCACUUUGUGGAGAAGAGCGAGACCUACCGUGCAGCUCUGUCGGUGACAUCUGAUGGUAGUUGUGCUGCUGCAUUGAAGCUUGUGGGAGUAGGAGACUGGGUGGCCUUGUAGGAGCAACUGGUCUGGCAUUGAUUGCCCAGUCGCCUCAAGACUGUUAGACUUUGAACACAAAAAUGCUUCCUUUAAAGAGGAAAAUAAAAAUAAUACUACUGUUAUUACACAUUUAGUGGAGAGAAAAUUGGGAGUUGUACUCAGGGAGGGAUUUGUUGAAUAAACUGCUCUCACAGGUUGAUCGAAUGGAAUUAUAAACUUCACUGUUCCAUGGUCUUGAGUGCCCUAGGGUUGGAAAUGUAAAGUAUUGCAAUUUGUCACCACUGUGGUGGAGUACUUGCCUAUGUGUGAACAAUGGACACACCUUCUGAAAGAUACUGUGAAGUAACACGUGUUAUGGUCCAAGGUGCUGCUCAAGGAUUGGAGAGUAGGAAACCCUCAGGCCUGCCCUCAGUAAGAAGGAAUCCCUUUGCAAGGGCCAGCCUCUUCCAGUCCUUCUGUGUAGCCUUGCUUCUGUCCAGAUUACAAGAAAGUUGGUGUGGAUUUUUUUGUUUAGUUGACGUGCCUGCUGUUGCACACAUGUGACUACUAUAUACCGUGGAUCUCUGAUUGGGUCAACAUAGAUUUGCCAAAGAAGACGACUUGACCUUAACCAGAAGCUGAUCUUAUCAGGGAUACUUGUUCAAUUCUAUAUGUCCUUUGCUUCAUGGAAUUUCCUUGUUUAUUGAUUGUACAUGGAGAGAAAGGAAAAGAGUUAUUCUCUUGGCUUGUCUAGACCACUUUUCCAAAGUUUUAAAAUGUGCUUGCCCAUUGGAAAGGAAUACUCCUGUUCCUGGAAUAUAUGUAUAGAUGGUGUGCAAAUGACAUUAAACCUUUUCUAGAAAGUUGUCCAAUGUAUUCAUGUAGCGGAGUAUGCAAAAUGAAACUGAAUCAUAACAUUAAAAAGAGACCUCAGGACAUGCAAGACAGAAAAUGCACUGGGUCAGUUUGAACAAAGCAUCAAAGAAACAGUAUGGAGUCUUGUCAGAUUUGAUAUUUUUCCAACACAAAUCAUCUGAUACCACCUCUUCAAGCUAUUGGAAACCAGAAUUUUGAGCGUGGAUUCAUGAACCAUUAGACACUGCCUUCUACGUUCAGAGUUGGCCUUGUGCGGUAUCCAUUAGCAAAUUUACUUUUUAAUUCAAUACAAUCCAUUUAAAUACUAACUUCAUCAAACUGCAGUUUCUAAAUGUUUAAUUUGCAGAGCUGAAUUUAAAUUACUUUCUGCAUACUCUGGCGAUAGAGGUACAGUAACGAUUCCCUCAGGUACUUGCAGCUCAUUGCACCUAUUAAAUUAUAAAAGCAAAAUCAUUUGUCAUUUCCAAUGGCAGAAAGUUCUACUUGUCAGCACCGAGGUAUUUACAUUGUACUUCAAGACUGUUCUUCAAAGUAGUUUUAGAAUAACAGACACCUGUGUUGUUAUUAGACUAAAUGUCAUUUUAUUUUAUUACUGUCAGCUUUUAAAAUGAUCAGUGGCUCAUUUAAAAAAUUGUGCGCUGCAAGAUAAAUUUUUUAGACCAGCUAAAUGGAUAUACUCUGGGAAAUUUUGGAAAGAAAGAACUAAAGGAUAAUAUACCUUGUGUAAACUGCUCACCAAUGUGUCUGCCAGCCUCUGGGAUAUUUCUAGAUACAAGUACUGUAUGUAUAGCUGAAAAUAGUCAGCUAUCCUGUGUGGAUCUUGUUUGCCCAGCUACUCUCUGUUAAGGAGUUGUGGAUCAAAGAUAAUAUAAAAUAUGGAUUUCAUUCUCAUGUACAAAUGACAUUAGGAUUUGCUUACAGUUUAUGUUAGCUGUCCAUCUUUCUCUGCCGGUUACUAUUUCAAAGAAUUGAAGUGUACAUAGUUAGAGACAUUUUUAAGUGCUCACUAGGCAUGUUACUCAGUUACAAAUUUGGACUGAGAUGCUGAAAAGAAGAAACAUUGAAAUGGUCACUAACAGUCUCACUAUUUAUUUAGCAAUAACCCCCCCCCCCACCACCACCACCACCCCAAGCUCUGUUUUAAAAGGUCAACUAUUAUUUGUGAACUGGUUACAUUUUUGCUAUCAGAUUUAGAAAUCCUCUCCACUGAAUAAUCAUCGAAUUUUACUUUACAUCGGACUGAAAAGUUUUUUAAAAGAACCAGUCUUAGAACUGUCAAAAGUUUUGAUUUGUGAUUGUAAUCCAAAUACUCGCACUCCUGUUGCCCUUUUCUAUUCUUUCAAUCCCAAACAGAAUCAAAAAUUGCACAAGAAAGGGUUUAGUAAUUUAGAAACGUGCAGAAUAGUUUUAGCUCUUUAUCUUUGUUAACUAGGUGAAUUGUUAUGAUCUAACCACACUAUAGACAACAGUUUUAAAACUCAAAUCUUAUUGUUGCUAACACUUUGUGCAGGCAACCAAGCAGUCUAAGGCCUAUAUUUAUAUGAUGGAGUUUGUUAUACAGUAGGUCCCCGGGUUAAGAAUGUCCGCCUUACAGACAACUUGUACUUACGAACGGACUGCCAUAAAGCCUAUUAUAUUAAGAAUUUGAGUUAAAUACAAAGGUUCGUAAUAACGAACGCACGCACUACUUUGUGACGCUCAUGAAAACAUUGCGCGGCUUCAGCAGUUUGUUGACUCGAGGAAGGAGAAUUCCGUCCGCCAUUUUAAGUUGGAACAUGUUGCCGUUAACACUGUUUUGAGUGUGUAACUUCAUAUUUGGCUUAAAUUUUUCUCUUAUUCACCCUUGUAACCAUGCCUCCAAAGCGUAAAUCAGAUGCAAGUGUUGGUGAUGCAUCAAAGAAAACGAAAAUGAUCAUGAUUGAAAAUAAAGUGGAAAUAAUAAAGCGAUGGAAAAGAGGUGAAACGCCAUCGGUCAUUGGGGAAAGUGUUAGGCUACAGUCGGUCAACGAUCGGAACAAUUUUAAAGGAUAAAGUGAGAAUAGUGGAGCAUGUGAAAAGCCCUGCCCCGAUAAAAGCUACAAUUAUUACUAACCAACGCAGUGGUUUAAUUAUUGAAAUGGAAAGGCUAUUGAUAAUUUGGUUAGACAAUCAAAAUCAGCGUGAUGUACCUGUUCCGACUUACCUACAAAUUGGACUUAAAGACAGACUGGAUCUCGUUUGUAACCCGGGGACUGCCUGUAUUCCACUUCCUUUUUACAAAUUUCUAAUUAUUCCUGGCUGCUUUCAGUCGGGAAGGGCUUUGUUCUAAUUUUCUCAGGUGUAGAUAUUUGGCAGGAAUUAGCACAGCAGCAUAGUGGCAGAAUUGGACUUUGUGAAACCACAUGUUUGAACAUGCUCCGUCACACAGUAAGUUGUGAAUAAAAUGAAUACACAAAUGCAAAUGCCCUCUCUCACUGAGGUGCAGCAAAUAAUUUAGAUGUAUGACCACAGAUUUCUUCAUCGUACAAGUUGAGUCAAUAGAUUUCCAAAAUUGCUUUUGAACCCUUGUGCUUAAUGAAUGGUUCCAAAGCUAACCUCUUAAAUCUUGAACCUUGUUCUUUUCCCAAAUUAAAUAGAUCUCUGUGCUCUGAGGGCAAACUGAAAUUUCAUAUUUUCCAGCCUUGCUACCAUCAGGCAGGUCUCUGUUCUUACUCAGAACAAAAUGCACAGUAAGCUGACCGGUAUUAUCUUCCAGUGGAUUCUAUUCUAACCCUUGUUUUAAAUUGUGUUGCAGCUCUGCUAAAACAAUUAUCCAAAUUAUGUAAAAUGUUAUAACAAUGAUCUAUCAGUUAUGCUGGAUAAUUACACAGUAUUUCGCUGUCCAUUGACUAGAUUAUUCUGUCAAGUGCAAGGGAGGGAAAGCAAAUGUGUCAAAUUAGACUUACAGGUACGUUGUGCUCUUUUGCACUAAUAUAUUCCAUUGGAUGUAAGUUGUCCUCAAUUGUGUCAGUGUGAUAAUUGUGUCUUUCUAAUUUUGUAUUUGCUUGUGGUACAGUACAUUGAAAAGAAAAACACUGAGUUAAAUAUGCUAUAAACUGCCAGGUGCUAUAGGCGCAAGAAUUGCUUCUGUACUUGUCCACUUGUGCUGCUAAAUGGGAAAUUCCUGACUUAAAAUAUGUAUACAGUUUAACAAAACAUACAAGCUCAACCAGAAUUUCAGUUGUUUGAAUUUACUGAUCAGAAACUGAGUCAUUAGUUUUCUGCUGUGAUUGACAGCUUGAAACUUGUUGCGCUUUGCAUCAUUUACUUUCAAAAAUAUGGAUAAAUGUUCUUUUGUGAUAGUGAUCAACACAAUGAAAUUGAAUGUCAUGUAGCUCAAUCUCACAAAACCAGCCAUGAUUGUUUGCCAAAAGCAGCUGCUGUGAAGUAACGCAAUAGCGUGCCAUUCCCAUCACUUGUCCUUCCUCCCUCCCCAAUUUCAAUCGAUUUGGAAAUUAGCAGCCUCAUGGCAAUAGUUUUCAAUAAAGUGCUUUAAUCUGGCCUGCUGAAAGUUUGUGUAUGACUAGCAAAUAACUGUUAAAAAUCUGUCUGCAUUGUUCUGCUGCUAAACACUUGUCCAUAGUAUCUUACAAAGGCUGGUCCGGACAUUCACAAAUGUUCAAACAUUGUGAUCUCAAACCGCUUUACAUUUGAUUCAGCUGACUUUAUUUGUUCAGUAUAAUUUCUGGCGGCUCACCCAGGUUUUCAUGGUGUACAACGGAAGAGCCCUGUUAGAUUUGGAUGAAGUUAGUUAGAAAAGAUGCACAUGAAUCCAGUCAUUCAUUUCUUUCUCUUCCUGCCCUUCACUAUUUCUCAAAGUUCCAGUUUUGGCUGGAACUUUGAUAGGGUGAUCACUGAGCAGCUGAAGUGUUCUAUUUGAACAUCACUCGCUGAACGAGUGCCAUGAGCUCUGACGUCACCACUUUUAUCCAGUGCAUCUGUUUCCGGUACAAAUACAGGUUGUUUUUUUCUGUUACAACACUGUUAAUUCACGGGAUUAUUUGAAGCCCCUUAUGUUGACAGUGAGUACUAAGAACCAGUAGCUUCCGUGAACCCUUUAAUCAUUCUGAUUUUCCAAAUAGUGAAGCCAUAGGUAAUAGAACAAGCAGAUAAUUAGAAUGAUAAAUAUGUGGCCUGUAUCAAAUGUAGCCGUGGCUCUGCAUUUCUUAAAAACUGUAGUUAACAAUAUUUAUAAGACAUGUGAAUUAACCUUUUGUUCUUACUGGAUUGGGGAAUACUGUGGUAUUCUUACUUCAUACUGUGGAUUGAUAGAUGUUUUCACUAAAUGCUGUCAAAUGCACUGCUUCUGAAAUCUUGACACUUGUCUUUACUCGACCUUCAAAUAAGGAAAUGUACUGUAUAUAAUGGGAGCAUGUACGGAGGGCAGUAUCCUUUGGAAUACUCCCUUAGGAACUGUGCGAAUCUUCAAAGUAUUUUUGUAUAAUAUUCUGAUAGUUUGUAAGAUGUGUUGCUUAUAUUUUCACACUACAUUAUACAGAUAACUUUGAUAAAAAUAUUUACAGUUUGAUUACUAACUGAUUUCUUUUUGUAUGAUUUUUUUCUUUUCCAGUAUAAUGUAAUCGUAUUAAAAAUUAUAAAGAUAUUUUCAUGCCUUUUCAAUUGAUUCUUUGUCCUUCUGUAGCAGCUCAAUGGAAACUUGUUGCAAAAGCAGUUUUGCUGUCUGUGGAAUUGACAGCAAUCUUUAGUUAGUGAUCAGUGCUACGAGUUGUUUGGAGGCUUGAUUAUGCAAGGAUGGGUGUGCCCACUAGUAUAAAGGGGAAAAUGUUUUUAAAAUGUUAAAGUCUGCCCCAAGCCUUGUGGCCCAUCAGGCCGGUGCUUAUACCGGUUUCUGUGGCGCGAAGCGACUGAAAGUACGAUACU